AUGGCAGCCGGUACAAUCAAACUCAGCCCAAUCAUCAAAGGUGGUGAGAGUAGCAGUGGCGCGGCAUCAUCACCAUUUCCAAAGAUCAAGCAGUUGGAUGGCAUCUACUGUUCAGUGUUCAAGGACAACAUUGAAAUCGUCUCCACGCGGUUCACAAUACGAUUCAUCUCCAAUCAUAGGCUAGAUGGCGCAUUUAAGUCUAGACACACAUCACUCACUCGCACUCCUAGCAGUGAUGAGAUCAUGGCAAGGGCAUUGAUGAAGAUAUACACGACACACAUUAAUGGCAAUGGUCGACAAUCCAGCAAGUCGAUGACAUCCGUGUUCAGCUCCGUCACGUCGUACGUCACCAAAUCGGCCACUUCAUGGCUUCUUGGUGGUGAGCAGGACACAUGCCUAAUGGACGUUAAUACUGCUAUCACUCCUGCGGCAUUCAUCGGUUCACUUCAGUCACAGUAUAGUCUUUAUCAACUAAGCUCAGCAAAGUGUAUCAUUUAUUACAACAGAUCCAACCAAUUGUACACCCAAAUCAGCCAAACUAUUCGCCACCUCUACGAUGUCAACGCGUCCAACCAGAUCCAAGAUGAGCAUAAAGAAGAGGAGCCAUCAAAACAAAUCAAGGUGGUGGACACAUCCACCAGCAGCUUCGAUGACAGACUAUCAAUGAUGGAGAAGAUGAUGACAAGGAUUGAGGCUGCUACCCGUCCUCCACGCUCCUCACAGCGUCGUGUUACAUCUUCACGCAUCCAAUCAUCUGCCCCCAGCUCCAGUGGUGACAUCGACGACACAAAGGUA